AACGGAGCUCAUCAUUUUCAAAAAAACCAACCAAUCUCUCUCUCUCUUUAAACCGACGGCGACCAUGACCACUCCAGACAAUCCCAAUCCAGAUUCAGUAUCAACAACCGUGAUGGAGACGGUGAACGGAUCGCACCAAUUCACGAUCAAAGGCUACUCCCUCGCGAAAGGGAUGGGCCCGGGGAGGUACAUACAGAGCGACGUCUUCUCCGUGGGAGGUUACGACUGGGUGAUCUACUUCUACCCCGACGGGAAGAACCCCGAGGAGAACUCAACGUACGUCUCCCUCUUCAUCGCCCUCGCGAGCGAUUCGAGCGACAUUAGGGCCUUGUUCGAGCUGACGCUGAUGGAUCAGAGCGGGAAAGGGAGGCACAAGGUUCAUAGUCAUUUCGAUCGGGCGCUCGAAGGUGGACCGUAUACGCUUAAGUAUAAAGGGAGUAUGUGGGGUUACAAACGCUUUUUAAGAAGAACAGCUUUAGAAGCAUCUGACUACUUGAAGGAUGAUUGUCUUGUCAUCAACUGUACCGUUGGAGUCGUUAGAGCUCGCCUUGAGGGUCCUAAACAGUUUGGCAUUGUGCCACCGCCUUCUAAUAUGGGUCAGGGGUUGAAAGACUUGUUGGACUCUGAACUUGGCUGCGACAUUGCUUUCCAAGUCGGAGAGGAGACGUACAAAGCUCACAAACUGAUCCUGGCAGCACGGUCACCGGUUUUCAGAGCUCAGUUCUAUGGACCAGUUGGGAAUAACAAUGUGGAUAGAGUGGUCAUAGAGGACAUGGAGCCUUCUAUCUUUCAGGCUAUGCUUAGCUUCAUCUAUACGGAUGUACUUCCUGAUGUGCAUGAAAUUACAGGGUCUACUUCUACCGCUUCGUUCACAAACAUGAUACAACAUCUAUUGGCAGCUGCUGACAUGUAUGACCUUGGAAGGUUAAAGAUAUUAUGUGAAGCUUUUCUGUGUGAAGAACUGAAUGUUGAUAACGUGGCGACAACACUUGCUCUGGCUGAUCAGCACCAGUUCUUGCAGCUCAAAGCCUUCUGCUUGAAAUUUGUUGCAUCUCCAGCAAAUUUGCGAGGAGACUCGAUGUUUGAUUAGACGGCUGGAGUUUAUCGUCCUAAAUUAGCCGUAAUGAAGUCAGAAGGGUUCAAGCACUUGAACCAGAGCUGCCCCUCUGUGUUGCCCGAAUUGCUGAACACGGUUGCAGCAGCGGAUAAGAGCUCGACGUCGAGUGGACAGUCAAGCAAGAAAAGAAGUGUGAGCAG